UUGAAAACUAUCUCACCCUCCUUUAUCAAUCACCUUUCCUUCUUCAUCUCAUCACCUACCUUUCUCUUUCUCUCUCUUCCUUCCUCCAUUUCUUUCUCUCUCUAAAAAAACACAAAAAUGAAGCUAGAAUGCGAUUACUGCUGCAAAAACGCCGCCGUUUUAUACUGUGAAGCAGAUUCAGCAAAUCUUUGUUUACUCUGUGACAGAGAUAUUCAUUCAGCUAAUUCUCUCUCUCUUAAACAUAUUAGAAUCCCUAGGUUCGGAAUCUCUAACCCUAAUUCCGAACCUAAAUCCGCCAUUGAUGGAUGUCCAUCUGCUUCAGAGCUUGCACCCUUUUGGGGAAUUAAUGAUUUAGUUGUGCCUUGUUUGGGUGAUGAUGAAAAAGAUGCGGUUAUUCAACAACUAGUGAAAUUAAGUAAGUGGGAUUUAGAGGAGAGAGAAUAUAGUUCGGAAAUUGGUCCGGGAACUCCGAGCCUAGAUGCAGGUGAAGGUGAUGGUUCGGAAUUAUUGUUUCAAAAUACAAAUUUUACUUCUUUGUUGAUGAAAGAAGGUGAAACUGUUUCUGUUGAAGAUAGAGAUUUUAUGUGGGAUUUUGAUGCUGAUUAUCAACCACCUCAGGAGUGGGAUGGUCAGUGUGGAAGACCAUUUGAUCUUGAUCUUGAAGAAUCUUCAUGUGCAUCACCCAGGGUAUCAGGAGAUGUUUGUGAAAUGCAAUGCUCAAAUAUUCUUGAAGGCUCUGAGUCGAGAGAUAUCGGCUUCAAAAACUUGCAGGAUGGCGGAAAUCAGACAGUGGACAACGAUAUUUUUGUAACAUUAGAGAACUGCAGUGUACCUUCUAUAGGACUAUCAUCUGAUGCCGAAAUGAUAAAACCCGAGGCUAUUGAUGGCGAGCAGAAUUUCCAGGUUAUGGAAUGGCCUUACUGGAGAAAGCCAUUGGGUAACACCGACAUGGAACAACUAGCAGAGAACCGAGGAAAAGCUAUGCUACGCUACAAGGAAAAGAAGAAAACUAGAAGAUAUGAUAAACACAUUCGAUAUGAAUCAAGGAAGGCUAGAGCUGAUAUUAGACAGCGAGUGAAGGGUCGAUUUGUGAAGGCGAGUGACACCCCUGAUGAAGGAAGUGGCUUCUGAUUAAUCGGCCUCAUUGCGCUCUGAUAUUAGACAGCGAGUGAAGGGUCGAUUUGUGAAGGCGAGUAAAACUCCUGAUGAAGGAACCGGCACCUGAUCGAUCGGUCUCAUUGCGAUCUUCAUCCUGUACUCUGUAACUAUGCUGACGUAGUGUGUAUAUAUUUAUUUUCCUUGUGAAGCAGUAACCAUAGAUGUAAGAUGUAUGCUUUGAGUAUUUUCUUCUCUCCACCAUUUUCUAUCAAAUUGACAUAUUAUCUCAUCUCCAAUUUUUGCUGGUAAUGCUAUUACGAGACGAUUGUUUCA